AAUGGAUAAAAAGUAUACAAUCAAGCAAUAUGAAUUGUAUGAAGAAUUUAAAUAGAAAGUAUAAGUGGGAGACUUCAUUUUAACUUAAACCGACAGUUAUAUUUAUUCCCUUGCAAGAUCUAUAUUAAAAAUUGAAUACGAUCACCUUUUAGUCUUAAUAAAAGAAGAUCAAUUAUUACACAUUGGAUGGCCUUAAAUAAGAAUCAUAAACCCACUUUAGAUACUAAGUCAAUCUUCUCGAUAUAUUAUAUUUAGACCACCAUAUUAAGAAGGAGAGCUACAAAAGUUCAUCAUGUAUCUUUAAACUAGUUUAAAAGCAGACUAUGACUACUAAAAAUUAUUAUAAGGAAUGAUUAAAAAAUUAGUAAAUAAAGUUCCAACGGACCCUAUACCGUUUUUACCGAAUCUAAAAUCGUCUAGAGUUUGCACAGAUCUAAUUUUCUAUUGGUUAGAAGCUAGUAGUGCAAAGUUUAGGGAAUUAUUACCAAACUAUUUAGGGUAUUUAGAUUAUCCAUUAAUUGGCUCAUUCACACCAGAUGAUAUUAAUACAUUAGCAAAAAUGAAUGUGUAUUUUCAAAUAAUUCAUUAAAAAGAAAUACAAAACCCAGAAAAUACUAUAAAAAGUUUAGGAAAGAAUAUUUAAAAUCAAGGCUUCAGUAAUUUCUUUUUUGCUCAAACUCCUUCUGUGAAAUAACUAAAGAAGCUUAUCAAAUUUAUCCCAUAUCCUCAAAGCUUUAUAGGAUUAUUACAACAAUUACUUUUUGGACUUUAACUUAUAAAAUUAUAUCAAAUGACAAAAAAGAAAAGAGUUAAAAUAUUACUAAGAUUUGUAGUUAAAAGAUUUACUAAAGAUGAGUUAGAUGAAAAAAAAUUAAAAAAAAUAUUAAAAGGUUUGAUGCUUUUGGUAGAUAUUAUGGAUAUCAUAAUUUAACCUUUUUCUUGGAAAAGCUACAUAAGGUUAGUUGGAAAUAUUGUUGAGUUAGCUUUUUCCACUAAUCAAUCGCUGAAAGAUUAGGUAAUUAAAAUGAUUUUAAAGGAGAUUUUUAAAUCAAAACUAUGA